AUGGCACCGCUAUCCCUGGUCUACUUCGUCAUAAAUGGAAUCUACAUGCUCCAACUCGACAAGACUACCUACAUCAGCGAAGAUCCAGAGAUCCAUGCACCGGCGCAGUUCAAAAGCUACAUCGUACUAGGCGUGGCAUGCGUGGUAGCUUGUGCACUGCUGUCCGUAUGUCUUGCGUCGUUUGGCGGAAGGAAAAGAGCCGAGGAAUAUGCGCGCCAAAAGACCAUGUCCGGGGACGUGAGACAACGCGACGAUGGAGGAAUGGAGUGGUUCAAUAUCGAUUUACUGAAGGACGAUGUGGAUUUGGGUGAUGAGGAGGUGCAGCGAUUCCACUUCUUCGACGUUGACGACGAAAUUGGCGAUAUCAGUCUUAAGAGCGGAAGUAGAGAAGACAACAUUGGAAAGAAGUCUUCAGGAAGCGCAAGUGGUUUUGGAUAG